AUGUUUUCGCUCAGGUUUGUCUUACUUUUACUUUUUAUCUUACAUACUAAUGGUCGUACUAUCAGUACAGAGACUUUAAAUUCAACUAAUCUAGAAAACAAUGAUUCAGUUGACAAAGUUUCUGUUAUUGAAGAAGAACAAAAUGAAGAAUUAAUAUCAUCACCUGAGACUGAAAAAUCUCAAUUAAUUCAAGGUAAAUUAACAGAUGUUCAACGAUUACUAUCGCCAUGUAUUGGUGCUUAUCCAUCAAAAAAACUUGCAUAUUCAAAAGAUAAAACAAAAUAUAUUCAAUGUCGUGACGAAUUUCAUUAUGAAAUUGUAUCAUGUUUAAAUGGUGGUGAAUAUAAUGCAGAAACAAAUUCCUGUGAUCUUAUUAUUACAAUGAUUAAUAAAUGUGAAGAAGAAAAACCAUGUUUAAAUAAUGGUCAUUGUAUAGCACGAUUAAAUUCAACGUUUAAAUGUAUUUGUCAUCCAGAUUGGACUGGUGAUAGAUGUGAAAUACCGAUAAACUCAUGUGUAAAAAAACCUUGUGGACCAAAUGAUUCAUGUCGUACAUUAAAAACGAUUGAUUAUGAACAAGAUUAUGUUUGUAUUUGUCAUCAAUCUGAAAGUUAUGGUCUUAAUUGUCAAGAAGUUGUACCUAAUCCAUGUUUAACAAGUAAUGAACAAUUUUUUCCAUAUGCAUUUAGUCAACGUGCUUAUAUUCACUGUGAUGGUGAAAUUAUUAAUUUUCAACCAUGUAAUGCAUUACUUUAUUGGAAUCAAGAAGAAAAAAAUUGUAAUCGUAAACGACCAACAAAAGUUAUUUUACCAAAAUUAAAAAAAAAAUUAUCAUCAAAAUCUAAAAAGAAUAAACAAGAAGAGAAGAUUAUAGAAAACAUUAAUCAAGAAAUAAUUACAACGACCGUACAAAUUGAACAAAAAAAAAAAGAAGAAAAAAAUUAUGAUUCUUCGACUUUUAUUCCAACAUCAAUAGUCAAUACAGAACAAUCACAAUCGAAUAUGAAUACUCAACAAAUCCCUUUAACUCAAAAUGUACCUGAAAUAAAACAAAAAACUUCAGAUUUAUCAGAACCAUUAUUACAAUCAGUAGAUUCAAAACAUAUUCAUCAAGACCUACAACCUGAAAAUACCACACCACUUACUAUUCAAUCAGAACAAAAUGAAUCAUUGUCACAAACUAAUCUUCCACAAUCAAAUCUAACUUUUACUACUGAACAGUGGCUACAUCAAAUACCAGAAACAACAACACAAAAUGAUGAACCUAUUUUUCCUCAAUCAGGACAAGAUUCUUAUACUACUCAAGACCAAUCACAAUUUGAAGAUCAAAAUCAACAAGUAUUCGUUGAAACAACUACACAACAUAAUGAACCUAGUCUUCCUCAAACAACACAAGAAUCUGAUACUACUCAACAUCAACAACAAUUUCAAAAUCAACAUCAACAGACAUUCGUUGAAACAACUACACAACCAUACAAAUUGAUUCAUUUACAAAAUUUUCAUAAUCAAAACCAUGAAAAACCAAUCCAAUCAUGGCCAAAAAUACCAACAAACCAGUUUACUCUCAGUCAACUCGCCAAAAAAAUUCAUUCAAAUACAAAGAAUACUCAAAAUUUUGCUGUACAACCACAAUCAUGGCAUGGUUAUCAAGUUCAUCAAUUUAGACCAUCGUUAUAUGGUAUAAUUUUUUCUCUUUUACAUCUAUUAAUUCUAAUUCUAUCGAAUGUCAUAGGUCAAAAGCAACAAAAGUUUUUUGACACAACUACAACAGCAGAAAAUGUAGUUCAUUCACAAGAUUUUUCAAAUCAAAAUUCUCAAGAACAAGAAGAAGAAGAAGAACAAGAACAAGAACAAGAACAGGAACAAGAACAAGAACAAUCUCGAUUAAAUGUAUCAGCUACUGGAUUAACUGAAAAUCGAACGCCACAAUCAGCUAGUUUCUAUCUACAAAAUACUCAACCUUUUCUUGCACUAUCAGAAAGAUGGCAAAAUUCUCAAUCGUUUCAAACUCAACAACAACCAAAACCAAGUACUCUUGAGGAAACAUCAAUGGAUAAUAAUAAUCGUUUAAAUACAAGACUACAACAAAAUCAUAAUUUUGAACAUGGACAACAAAAUGAUGAAAAUCAACAAUCAUGGCAAAAUAAAGGAAAUAAUCAAAUACAUCAAAAUUUUAUUCAAUCUGGAACAUCAUUAACUGACAGUGAACGAUCUCCAGUAACAAAAGAACAAAGUUUUCUUAGUCAAUCUGUAGAAAAUCAACAAUGGACACCAACAUAUUCUUUACAUUCAUCUACUGAUUCGAAUAAUGAUCAAUUACAAAAUCUUCCACAAUCAAAUCCAGUUUUUGGUACUCAACAAUGGUUAAAUCAAAUACCAGAAAGAGAACCACAAGAUUAUCACCAUACUUUUACUCAAUCAACACAAGGAUCUGAUACUACUCAAAAUCAACAGCAAUUACAAAAUUUAGAUUUCCCCAAUCAAAAUCAUGAAAAACCAGUACAAUUAUCGCAAAAUAAAUUUCUCACUCAACAAUUUCAAAAUCAACCAAUAAAAUCUGAAUUUGAUCAUCAUCAUAUUGCAUUUCAAUUAAAACCAUGGCAAAAAAUAUCAAAACAUGAUCUAAUUCUAAAACCUCAAUUGCGAUUACAAAACCAAUAUAAAAAAUCUUCAAUCGCUGAUACUUCUUCUCAAAUACCAAAUAGUCAAUAUGGCUUAGAUCAACAACAACAACAAGAUUUACUUAAUGAAAAUUCAUUGGAACAUAUGCAAUCAUGGUCAAACAAUCAACAAUAUCAAAAUCCAACAAGUCAAUGGAAAGAUUUUGAUGACUCAAAACUACAAACUACUCACGGUUUUGCUACUGAUCCGUUGGUACCGUGGCACAUUCAACCAUGGUCACAAACUGGACAAUUACAUGCAAACUCUUUCGAAACAAUGAGAAAACCUAACAAAAAUAUUCAUCCAGUAGAAGAUUUACAUCAAUGGCAAUCAAGUCGAACAGUUGAACAACAACAUCAACCGAAUUAUAAUCAAAUAAAACAACAACAAGCUCAAGAUUCGCUACCCACUUUAUCAUCAGGAUCAUGGUACUACUAA